AUGGGUAAUAAAACAAACAAGCAAACCAGCUCUUACGGCUUUCUUAAACCAUCCACUGGAGGCAUUCAUAAAAAGACGUAUGGAUCCUCUCGUGUUGGUAAGAAGGCGAAAGAAAUGGUGAAAAAGAAUUUGUCCCUUUUUCUAAAAGGCUUAAAUUUGCAACAAAUGAUCAAUUACAGCACAACUAAUGAUCCACCAUCAUCCUCUUCUUCUAUGUUCAACAAUAGUAAUAGUAGCGCCAAUGCCUUUACAAGCUUCAGCAUCAAAAGCAAUCAAAAUAGGCUGGCAGCAAACGAAAUCGAUGAUGAGCAAAGCCAUCGAGCCGUAUCGUCGUCAGUCAAUCAAGAAUUCGCUCUUCAUGCUUCGCCAUCGUGGCAGUACGUAGCCUCCACUGUAGGUGAACCACGGUUCCCUCAUGUUGAUGCGCUGCCCCGUACCUGGAAAGACAGUUUGACGGCGGAUCAGAAAAACGCCUAUUCCUUCACAGCAAAACAGAUGAAAUAUCAGGAACUUGUCUAUGAGAUCAUCUUGACAGAGCAAUCCUAUGUGGAUGAUUUGAUCUUGGUGUACAAGAUCUUUAUCAAGGAGGCACUGCAAUGGGAUGGGCUUCCUUCAGCAGUGAGGAACUUGUUCGAAAAUAUAUUCCAGAUCAUUCGGUUGCACAUGCAAUUGUUACGAGAAUUGAGAGCAAAGCAACUAUCACAGUAUCCUGUGAUAUCAUCGAUUACUGAUAUAUGCCGAUCUUACGUAAGCCGAUUUGACAUUUACUCGGCCUACUUUUCAAAUUUCGAGAAAGCCAACAACAUCAUCGCAGAGAGCAUCAGGGUGCAAGAUGAGCUUGGAUCAUUCAUAUCACGCCGGUCGUUGUGGAAGGAAUGUCGCAAUUUACCUUUGACAGCCUACUUACUUACGCCAAUACAAAGGGUCAUGAAAUACCCACUUUUCUUCAAAUCACUAGCAGAAUGUCUGCCAGACACAGAUGGAGACAUGGAAAAUAUCGAAUGCUUUUUGAUGGAAAUGGAUGUGGUGCUACGGUAUUUCGAGAAACAAAAGAAAGAAUCCGAGGAUUUCAUCAAACUGGAGGAUUUAGCAAGCAGAAUAUCAGGAUUGGAGGGAUCCACUAUCCGCAUCGCUGAAUAUGGAAGAAGACUGAUCUACGAGGGGUAUUUGACAAUUAUUCCAGGCACACAGCAAAACCUAGCAACCCGCUUUGAUAACUCUUCAAAUGUCUCAUUCUCAAGCGCUGUACACCCUCCGCCAUUGAGCAGACGAAAUAGCUCAUUCUCACUGUCUUCUGCUAGAAAGCAAAAGAGAACAUAUGUGUUUUUGUUCAAUGACAUGAUUGUGUGCACGAGGGAAAGAAACAAGAGAAGGAUGAGUGUAGUGGAUAACAAAGCAAUGGCACCUCCUCCAAGAAAAGGAUCCUACUAUGGCCCAUCUGCUGACACACUAUUCAAGAUUACACAUACACCAGGAAGGAUUACACUUGUAGAUAGAGCAGUUAUGAGGCCUGCGGCAAACAGUGAAAGAUUAUCGAGGCGCGGAUCAGCAUUAUUUCAAUCACUGCGAAGGUAUGGAUCUCGUAGCCAAGAAGAAGGCGCUCCUCCUGUGCCUAGCAUCAGCUCAGCAUCAGCCAAUGAUCUAUCGUUCAGCGUGCCGCAUUAUUGUGAGCAAUCACCACCACCACCACCGUCACCACAACAGCAACCAUCAUCCAUCACAUAUGAAAAGCAUCCAACUCAGUUCAUAUGCUCUAUUGCUACUAAGAAUCUCACCAACAUACAGUUUGAAGCAGAGACUCCUGAAGAAAAGGACAUGUGGUGCAGCCAUUUAGAGAGCGUGCUUGGUGAGCAUGUCCAGCGCAACUGUCAGCAGCAGGAACAAAAGCAGCACUACAUAUCGAGUGACAAGGACACUAGCACAGGGAUCGCAUACCAAAGGGCUACUUUGAGCCCAACACAAUCUAGCUAUUCAUUUGAAAGCAAUUCGUCAAAUGAAUCGCUUGCAUUCUCAUCCGUGGCUUGGAAUGGCUAUUGUGACAUUGAAAAGAUGGAUAUAGAUGACGAAGCACAACAACAGCGACAACAAAAGACGGCUCUGAGCCCUCCUUUGCUUCUAGACAAAACCGAGGACAUCAUGUCGUCUAUCAUGGAUGAAUUCGGUGAUAGUAUAUGGUCCAUCGGAGCACCUGCUGGAUUGUCUCCAUAUCAGUUGCGAAAGACGUUCUCAAAUAUAGGCACAUCGGACAUAUAG